CUUUUUUGCUUUCACAACACAAAUUGUGUAAGUCAAUGUUUUUUAUUUCAUAUUUCAUAAAUAUAAUAUUCUUAAUCAUUUCAAGAGCAACUUCAAAAAUAUUUUUUACAAGUUCAAAUCUCUUAGAGAGAAAUACGAAAUUUUGAUUUUUAUAAAUUAUUUGUAACACAAGCUCAAUCAGGAGACAUGGAGGAUCAGAUAGAAGUACGAAAUUUCGAUUUAAAACAAGAUGAAGUAGCUAUAGUUAUGGUUCCAUUUCCAGGACAAGGCCAUCUUAAUCAACUUCUUCAACUUGCUUGUUUAAUCACCUCAUCAUAUGAUGAUCUUCCAGUCUAUUAUGUUGGCUCAGCUACACAUAAUCUUCAAGCUCGUGUUCGAGCCAACGCGUUAAAUCCUUCAGACAUAGCCAAAAUUCAUUUCCAUGAUAUCCCAACACCUGAUUUUACCUCUCCUGCACCUGAUCCUAAUGCAUUGAGCAAAUUUCCAUCACAUCUGGAGCCAUCAUGGGAUGCUUGUAUGCUUCUUCGCGAGCCUAUUGCUUCCUUCUUACGCGAUAUUUCCUCAAUAUCAAGACGAGUCGUUGUUGUUCAUGAUUCUUUAAUGUCCUAUAACAUUCAAGACGUUUCAUCCUUGCACAACGCGGAAUCCUAUAUAUUUAAUUGCAUUUCUGUGUUCACUUUCUACUGUAUUAUAUGCUUGUCCGUUGGAAUGUCUGUUCAACUUGAAGAGGAAUUGCUUAAAAAGUUACCUUCCCUUGAUGGAAUUAUGACGGAUAAAAUCAGAGAUCGCGGAGCUUCUCAGAGUCCAUAUUUAGAUAUUAGAUCAGGUGAUAUACAUAAUACAAGCAAAGUGAUUGAAGGUAAGUUUCUUGAUUUGUUAGCACAAGUAGCAAGUGAUCAGAAGAAGAAAAAUUGGGCAAUUGGACCACUUUUGCCCACCAAAAUGGAUCGUAUAUCGAAUAGGGAGGAUGUAUGUUUGGAUUGGCUUGACAAACAGCCUCCAAGAUCAGUACUUUAUGUGUCUUUUGGAACAACAACUUCAUUUUCUGAUAGGGAAAUCAAGGAGCUCGCGAUGGGAUUAGAGCAGAGCAAACAGAGGUUUAUAUGGGUGUUGAGGGACGCGGAUAGAGGAGAUAUCUUUACUGAGGAAGCUAGGAGAGUUGAGUUGCCAGAAGGGUUUGAGGAAAGAGUAAAAGGGGUCGGGUUAGUGGUAAGAGAAUGGGCACCACAACCAGAAAUCUUGGCUCAUUCGUCUACAGGCGGGUUCAUGAGUCAUUGUGGAUGGAAUUCUUGUAUAGAGAGUAUUACUAUGGGGGUGCCUAUAGCUGCUUGGCCUAUGCACUCUGAUCAACCAAUGACUGGUUUCUUGGUGACGGACGUGUUGAAAAUAGGCCUGAUUGUGAGGGAGUGGGAGAAACGCGAGGAGAUGGUGAAUGCAUCCACUAUUGAGGACGUCGUGAGGAAGUUGAUGGCAUCAGAAGAAGGCGAUGUGAUUAGAAAAAGAGCAGAAGAAUUGGGAGAAGCUGUAAGGCUGUCCACAGAGAAAGGGGGGGCUUCUCGAAUGGAGUUGGAUUCUUUCAUCGCGCAUAUCACAAGAUAGACUUCAUCUU